AUGCCUAUCUCCAAGAUCCACGCCCGCUCUGUUUACGACUCCCGCGGUAACCCUACCGUUGAGGUGGACGUCGUCACCGAGACUGGUUUGCACCGUGCUAUCGUUCCCUCUGGUGCUUCCACUGGCCAGCACGAGGCUCACGAGCUCCGUGACGGUGACAAGACCCACUGGGGUGGAAAGGGUGUUCUCAAGGCUGUCGCCAAUGUCAAUGACACCAUUGCCCCCGCCGUCAUCAAGGAGAACCUCGAUGUCAAGGACCAGUCCAAGGUCGACGAGUUCCUGAACAAGCUUGAUGGAACUGCCAACAAGUCUAACCUCGGUGCUAACGCCAUCCUCGGUGUCAGCUUGGCCAUUGCCAAGGCUGGUGCCGCUGAGAAGGGUGUCCCUCUCUACGCUCACAUCUCCGACCUCGCCGGUACCAAGAAGCCCUAUGUGCUUCCUGUCCCCUUCCAGAACGUCCUGAACGGUGGCUCUCACGCUGGUGGCCGUCUGGCUUUCCAAGAGUUCAUGAUUGUUCCUUCCUCUGCCCCCUCUUUCUCCGAGGCUCUCCGCCAGGGUGCUGAGGUCUACCAGAAGCUCAAGGCUCUCGCCAAGAAGAAGUACGGCCAGUCUGCUGGCAAUGUUGGUGACGAGGGUGGUGUUGCUCCCGAUAUCCAGACUGCUGAGGAGGCUCUUGACCUCAUCACUGAGGCCAUUGAGCAGGCCGGUUACACUGGCCAGAUGAAGAUUGCCAUGGACGUUGCUUCCAGCGAAUUCUACAAGGCUGAUGUCAAGAAGUACGACCUUGACUUCAAGAACCCCGACAGCGACUCCUCCAAGUGGCUCACCUACGAGCAGCUGGCCGACCUCUACAAGACUCUUGCCAGCAAGUACCCCAUUGUCAGCAUUGAGGACCCCUUCGCUGAGGACGACUGGGAGGCCUGGAGCUACUUCUACAAGACUUCUGACUUCCAGAUUGUUGGUGAUGACUUGACCGUCACCAACCCCCUGCGUAUCAAGAAGGCUAUCGAGACCAAGGCUUGCAACGCUCUCCUGCUCAAGGUUAACCAGAUCGGUACCCUUACCGAGUCCAUCCAGGCUGCCAAGGACUCCUACGCCGACAACUGGGGUGUCAUGGUUUCCCACCGUUCCGGUGAGACUGAGGAUGUCACCAUUGCCGAUAUCGCUGUUGGUCUCCGCUCUGGCCAGAUCAAGACCGGUGCUCCUGCCCGUUCCGAGCGUCUGGCCAAGCUGAACCAGAUCCUCCGUAUCGAGGAGGAGCUUGGUGACAACGCCGUCUAUGCUGGCGAAAAGUUCCGCACUUCUGUCAACCUGUAA